CAUGAAUUAAUUAGUUGAAUUAGUGAUGGGAUACGUUAGAAUAACCAAUCCGGUCUUCUACGAAAAAAAGAAAAUCUCCCGGUUUGAACCGUAUCCCAUAGAAUACCCAACUAAACCGGAUAAAUCACGGUUUAACGUUGCAACACAUUUCAGAUCGACGACCCAAAUCUCAAAUCUCCGAAUCUCAGAGAGAAGAUAAUGGCAGGCGGCGGUAACAGAGCGGAGGCGGAUCGGUGGCUCGUAACCUCAGAGAAGCUACUCGCGUCCUCCGACCUCCACGGAGCCAAAUCCUUCGCGAUCCGCGCCUGCGAAUCCGACCCGACCCGAGCCCAAGCCGCCGACUACAUCCUCGCGAUCUGCGACAUCCUCAUCGCCGGAGAGAUCCGCGUAACCGUCUCCAACCUCCCCGACUGGUACUCCGUCCUCCGUCUCGGGCGCCUGACUCAGAGCCCCGAGCACGUCGCGACUCAGUACCGCAGGCUCGCUCUCCUCCUCAACCCCUCCGUCAACCGCCUCCCCUUCGCCGACAAGGCCUUCGAACUCGUCUCCGACGCCUGGCGCGUCCUCUCCGAUCCGAUUCGAAAAUCGUCCUACGACCGCGCGCUUCAGCCGAGUCAACUCGGUGGAGCGAGUCAACUCGGAGGGAGUUUCUGGACGGCGUGUCCGUACUGCUUCGUGCUCUUCGAGUACCCGAGGGACUACGAGGAGUGCGUGAUGAAGUGUCGAGAUUGUAAAAGAGCGUUUCAAGCCGUGAGGAUUCAGAAGCCUCCCGCCGUCGUUGAAGGAGAAGAAGAUGUUUACUUCUGCUCGUGGAGCGUGUUUCCGUUAGGAUUCUCCGGUGAGUUUAAUCAAGCUCCAGCAACGAGGACCAGGUGGUCGCCUAUCUCGCCUCUCAUCGCGUGCCCCAAGAAGAGGAAAGAACCUGCUUCUCCGAGAGUCUUUUACGAUGAUGAGGAUGAUGAUGAUGACGUGUACGUUGCGAUCUCUGAUGAUGAUGAUGAGGUGGCAGUGGAUACUGGUAAAGGGAAAGGGAAAGAACCGGUUGUUGUGUCUAGACCGGUUCAUCAUAAUAAUGGUAGUAGGAAAAGAAGUGGAGCUGGAGGAGGUAAGAGCGUGGGGAGGUUGGAUUUGAAUGUGGAGCUGAGUAAUGACGUGGAGGAGGGUGGUGGGGUUAGUGGGAGAAGGGAGAGCAACAGGGAGGUGGAUAAUAUUAUCGAAGGGAUUGGCUUCUUUGAGGGGCUUGAUGAGUUUUUGAGUAGCUUGCCCAUUCUUUCUGUUGUUGGUGAUGAUAAGAUCAAGGCUACUUAGUCAAAACUGUUUCUUCUUUUGCUUUAGAUUGACUGUGUUCUGUUCUGUUCGUUGUAGGCUUUAGUCUUCAUGUUGUUGGAAUCGAAUCUGUUGAUGUAUAUGCCAAAACUUUCAGUCUUUUUGCAUCAUGGUACAUAAUCUUUUGCAUCUUAACCACCAACAUGCUUUUGUUAUAUAUCAAACUUUAUGCUAUUUGGCAAAGGAGGAAGUAAUGUGGCAGCACACAUUGCUAUAUUCGAAGUUCUUGUAGCCCUUGGAUCGAUAAGGAACUCAUUUUUUUUUGUAGUUGCUGUAGGUAUACUUACAAAUGUUAAGAGAGUCUACAAAAUCAAGAAGAUGGGGAAGCUAUUCAACCAAUGCUUAUGUGCACGUUAUUUAGAUUAUAUUAGCUCAACUGUUACUAUUCUAAAGGGUUAAGGUUGUUUCAUUGUUAAUUCAUAAAUUUGUUCAUAUGAUAGUAGAAUAUUUAGGCUCUAAACGUUCCUGAAAUUUUGACAGUGUCCUACUUAUUGACACAAUGUUCUUCUUGAACAUAGCUACAGGUCUGGCUUGCAAAUUCAAAAUCAGCUAUGCAAUAGUGCAAUUCUAAUGUUUUGGUGCGUACUUACGAUAUGUGAAGUUAGCUUUCAAGGCUGUUUGAAUGUUUUUAUAACUAUAUUUCAAUAUUUGGUAACGCUUGGGAAAAGAUGUAUACGUUUCAGGCGAGGAAGCCUGCUUUGCAAGGAAAUUGAUAGAGAAAUGGUAAAAAGAUCAUCUCACACACAAUGUUGCUAAUAAAAUGGAUAUGUGUGUUUGUCUUUUCUUGUUAACUAUUGUGAUGUCGUCAUGAAAAACAUAUUUGCUUGCUUCAUGAAUUCUAAAGCUUUGCGUCUGUCUUAAAAGCAUGUUAUUGUCUCUAAGGAUAGUCAUUUUGAGCUUGUUGUAGUAGAACUGUAUAAGCCAUUCGUGUGUGUGGAAUAUCUUAUGGUGUUAUUUAACAUCUUCUGUUUAUGCGGUGCUCACCGGACUAUGCAUAUGGUGCUGGUGGGUUUCCAGCGUGGGGAAUCCAGCCUAACUCGGUUCUCGACUUUGAAAUUGAAGUACUCAGCGUGCAGUGAUGAUGCUUUCCAGCUCAGAAAAAAAACUUAAAUGUUAAAUUAGUAAGUGGUAGUAAGUAGCAAUCCUUUAUCUUUGUUGCUUCUGAGAUCUUGUUGAAACAAAACUUUGUGACGUCACUUGCCAGUGUUCUUGUAAACUCUUUGGACAAACGUUUUAUCUUAAAUAAAAGAUCUCUUUAUUUUUGCUGAAAACAAACUUAUUUUUACAAAAUAAAAGUACUAUAACGCCACUCUACCACUGAGCUAAGAAUGUUACCCCAGUUCAUAUGAAUGUUCAAGUGUUCAAUAUGUAAUAACACAUUUUAAUUUCAAGUUGGUUGAAGUCCAUGUGUUCACUAAAAAUACCAUAAUAAUAAUCAAAAGAAAGAAAUUAUCUCAAACAAAAAUUUGAUUUUGAGUUGGGUAUAAUAAUGUGAAACCAUGAUGAAACUUUGAAUUCAACCCUUGCUAAACAGUAAUUACUAUUCUCAAUAUCAAAUCAAAUGAGAACAAAGUUAACAACAAGAAAGGAAGAAAAGGAGAAAAUACGAGAGAAGUCGUGCGGGUAAUUAAGCACUUAACAUUCCCGUGCAUUUCUUUAAUCAUAACUUAUGACUCCUUUUCUUUUUCUUUUCCUUUUUUUCCUUUUCAUAUUCAUUUUCUUUCUUUCAUUUUCUUUUUCUUUUCACCCACUACUAGACUUUUAUGUCAAUAUUUAUAUAAAAUAAUAAAGUCUACAUGAUAUUAACAAAAAUAAAACAAAAGUAUUGAGCUAAUUUUGGCGUUGCAUAAUCAAGCUAGAUGCUAACUUGUUAAUCAAAAUUAAACAACCAAAAAAGUGGUUCUAUUUUAUCCUGUUUUCCAUCACAAUGGGUGUUUGAAACACACAAACACGCACCUGAACAAAUGUAUUAGAAUAUAGAGUUGAUUAAAGCAGGAUAUAAAAGCUGGAUCAUACUUUCACUAACUUAGCUUUCACUAAAAAUUAAAAGAGAAAACGUAUGGACCUUUUACUUUAACAAACAAUCAACAAAGUAUUUUAUUAAGAGAAAAUAAUAUUAUUAAUUAAUGCUAAAUGGAUGAUAAACCUGAAAUUAUGGACCGCGAGAGUUUGUCAUCAUAUAUACCAUAAUCACGUAUAUACACGUUCGUCCCCCUUGCCUCCAUUUCUUCCGAGCGAAGCACCAAUAACAAUUCUUUUAAUUACUACAAGAUUAGUUUCCAAGUAACAUUUCUUUUUAUUUGUAUAAUCAGAAUUGUAUUAUUACAUUUCAAAAUAUGUAACAUGUGCGUUAAUACCAGUUUCCUUGAGAAGAUCAGAAACAUAAAAACAAGUAUUUGCUUACUAAUUUGUUUUAUCUUAAACCAAACCUAAUUCAAACCGGAACAAAUCAAACCAAACUGAAAUGAAUUUAAUUUUCCUUGAGAAGAUAAGAAAUAUAAAACAAUAUUUUCUUAUAAGAAAUAUAAAAUAAGAUUUGCUAAGUAUUUGGUUUUUAAUUUGUUUUAUCUUAAACCAAUCAUAAUUCAAACCGGAACAAAUCAAACCAAACCGAAAUGAAAUAAACUACAGAUUAGAGAUUUUGAUCAUAUUACCAUUGUUGCCACUUACGUACUAGUACACAUAAGUGAGGGUGUUUUGGUAAAAGCACAAAAGCGUCAAUAAACAUGUUUAUAAAGCCUUGUUAUUACCACUUAACACUUGCGUGUGGCUUCUAACAUUAUUGUUCUGCUCGUUGGUCACUUUCAUCUUCUCUCUUAUUAUCUCCUCUUCGCUUUUCCAUUGAUUCAUUCAGCUAAAGAAAC